AUGCCGGGGAACAACAUAGACGUAUACUUACAACCUCUUAUUAAAGAGUUAAAAGAGUUGUGGUAUGAUGGUGUUAAAACAUUAGAUAGGUUUAAGAAUGAAAUGUUUACAUUGCAAGCAGCAUUAAUGUGGACAGUUAGUGAUUUUCCAGGCCUUGGUAACUUAUCUGGGUGGAAUGUACACAGUAAAUAUGCUUGUCCUACAUGUAACUUUAACACUGAUUCAUAUAGAUUAAAGCAUGGUGGAAAAUGGUGUUUUUUGGGGCAUCGCCAUUUCUUAGAAAGGGGUCAUAAGUUUAGGCUAAGUCGUGCAAAAUUUAAUGGAAAAGUUGAGUUGAGGGAUCCCCCAGCAGUACUAACAGGGUCAGAAAUAUUGGAACAACUUGAAGGAAUCAAUGUUUCAUUUGGGAAGGAACUACAGGAAAGUAAAGGUAAGAGGAUUCGACGAAAAGUUGUUGAAGAAGAUGAUGAAUCAGGGAUGUGGAGGAAGAAAAGCAUAUUUUUUUAUCUUCUUUAUUGGGAGUCUAACUUAUUGCGCCAUAAUCUAGAUGUUAUGCACAUUGAAAAGAAUGUUUGCGACAAUGUGUUAUACACUUUGCUCAAUGAGACUGGAAGGUCAAAGGAUAAUCUCAAAGCUCGUAAGGAUCUUAAAGAAAUGGGUAUAAGGAAAUAUUUAUGGCCAGAUGAAAAUGGGAGAUAUCAUCCAUCUUUGUUCACAAUGUCAAAUUCCAUGAAAGAUAUAUUCUUGCGUACUAUAAAGAAUAUUAAAGUACCAGAUGGUCUCUCGAGUUAUAUUUCAUGGUGUGUUGACCUGAAGCAAAGAAAGCUUUCUGGAUUGAAGAGCCAUGAUUGCCACGUUCUUAUGCAGCACCUAUUACCCAUUGCCAUACAUAAUGUGCUACUAGAUAAAGUUACUGCAGUGCUAAUAGAGUUGUCUUCAUUCUUUCAACAGUUGUGCUCUAAAAGCUUAAGUCUUACAGAACUUGAGAAGCUCCAACCUCGAAUUAUCCUUACCCUUUGUCAUUUAGAAAUGUUGUUCCCUCCUUCUUUCUUUACAAUCAUGGUUCAUUUAACCUGUCAUCUAGUUGAUGAAGCAAAACUCGGAGGACCAGUACACUAUAGGUGGAUGUAUCCUAUUGAGAGGUAUUUAGGUCAUUUGAAGCCUUAUGUACGAAACAAAGCUAAAUCAGAAGGUUCUAUAGCUGAGGGAUACGUGGCUGAAGAAGCUCUUACAUUUUGCUCUCGAUACUUAGAAGGGAUUGAGACAAGAUUUAAUAGGCCAUCACGUGUUGAUGAUCGUCCGGAUGAUAAUUAUAGUACACAUGUGGAUUCCCUUUUUCCACAAAUGGGGAACUCAAAGGGAGCUUUCACAGUAUUUGAGUUGUCACCUAUGGAAAAAAAACAAGCACAUCAAUAUGUGGUUUUAAAUUGUCCAUAUGUCAAACCAUUCAUUCAUGACUUCAAAGAUUUUAUACGAAGACGAUCUAAGGGUAGAAGGCCUUCAAAUGUGGAGAUAGAAAAAAGAGUCAAUAAAGAUUUUGUUACUUGGUUUCCUGCGCAGCUUAUGAACCCAGAUAUUAUAAAUACUGUGCAUGAAGAUUUGAGAUACUUAGCAAGGGGUCCAUCACGAUAUGCCAAGAGAUUUUCUACAUUUAGUAUUAAUGGGUUCUCCUUUCGAACUACCAAUCGAGACAAAGGGUUAAAGACCCAGAAUAGUGGAGUUUUUUUAAUGUCUUCAACUCCUUGUGUUGCUAGCGCUAGUGAUGUUGAUGUUAGGAAUGCUGAUUUGUCAUAUUAUGGCAAACUAGAAGAUAUUAUAGAACUAAACUACAAUGGCCGAUUUCGGGUUACUUUAUUCAAAUGUAAAUGGGCUGACACCACUAGAGAACGGGGCUGUAGAAAGGAUAAUUGGGGUUUUACUUCUGUUAAUUUUUCACGAGUAAUACACAGUGGUGACCGAGAGGAGGAUGAUCCAUAUAUUGAAGCCUCACAAGCUCGAAUGGUGUAUUUUGUCAAUGAUGAAGUGAAUAAAGAUUGGAGUGUUGUCGUGCACUUGAAGCCAAGAGAUUCAUAUGAUAUGGGAGGGAAUGAAGAUGAUGAAGCAUGCGAGAAUGAGCCAUGGUUAGAGCAAAACUUAGAUUCUUUAUUUGAAAAUGGUGAUAAUCUAUCAUUGUUAAGAGAUGAGGUAGAUGAUGAACUACUAGAGAAUGACAUUGGAGAAGAUGAACACAUGUUAGAAUAG